GCCUCCUGAAGCAGUGGCGCAAAAAAGUGUUUUAUUUGGUAAAAUUAUUUAGCAAGUUAUUUUUGAGACGUCUUCAGAGAGUAAUAAUAAUCAUUAUUACUGAUAUUAUAAUUAUAAAGAAAUUGUCAUUUUCGAAUUCAUAUAUAAAAGAUAUAUUUGGUGUCCCUCAUAAGUAGGUAUUACUAUCCUAGUUUUUAAAGGGUCAUUAAUCGAGCACCUAUUCCAACGUCUUGCUAAAACUUUGUAUAUAAUAUGUAUUUUUUUAUUUAUUAGAUUCAACAGACCAACUCAAAUUGGCAAUAUGAAACUCGUCGUUUGCUUCGCUUCACUGCGUCUUCGUUGAAUAUUGGCAAUGCAGAGUUCAGGCCAUACCUACCAAAGCAUCUGUGGCAAUGGCAUCUCUGUCAUAUGUAAGUGUAAAUAAGACAACGCGGUAACGGUAAAGGUCACAGGUUUGAUUCCCACACGGAAUGUGUUUGUAUGGUUUACUAAUAAUUGUUUCGGGUAAAGUACAGGAGAAAUUUCUAGUGAUUUCUAGUCCCCUAUUAGGUUAUUUUCUUAAUUUUAUCAUCUAUCUCGACUUGUAACAAUGGUAAAAGAUCAACGUAAUAGUGAAGACUUGGUACUGGUAGUUAGACUCCUUUUCUGCCUAAAAGUCCAUCUUUUCUACAUAUAUUUCUGCCACUAAGCGACAGUGUGAACCAAUGAUAUAGUUACAGACUGAUAGGCAAUUUCAUCAUAGUCCUCAGUAGUGACAGCGCAUCUGUAGUCUUAUUUAUUUAAAGUAAGUUUCAGAUGUCCAAAUGCUGCAGUAGAUACAAUCAGGCGGACUGAUAGGAUAAAAUGCAUCGUAAAGCUUAUGUGGUUUGGAGAUCUGAGGUCUGUUCUCGACACAUAGAAGUAGCAUACAUCUUUAUCAUCAUCAUCGUUAUCAUCAUCAUCGUUAUCAUCAUCGUCAUCAUCAUCACCAUCAUAACAGUCUCAAUUAUUGAAAUGUCUUGUGUGCUCGGUCUUAUUUUAAUUCUAUUAUAUAUAAAUGAUAUUGUUCAUUGCAUGAUGCUAUAUUAACAAUAUCAUUUAUAUAUAAUAGAAUAUAAUGCAUAGAAUGUGAAAGAGUUUAGGCAAUCUACAAACUUCUUUAAUUUUUUUUUGCAAAAAACUCGUUUGAAAAUAUACCAAUACGUCAUUCAUGAUGCUUUAUUACUGGAUUUUUCAGCAGUUGGGCUGUGUGUUGCGAGAGUGCAAAAUCUCGUAUUUUCCUAUUUAUUUUUGUAAAAUUAUGAAAUGCGUUAUCUAUGCAGGUACAUAACCUUAUUGGUUCAUUAAAUUCAACUAUGAAAUUGUAACUACUCAAAAUUUUUGUUAUGCUAUUUGUCAAGAUAUUUGGCUUAAUAUGUCACCAUUGAAAUCACCAACAAUAACAAUGUUUUGAUUUAAAAUAGUACUCACGUAAGAUAUUUUGCAAUAUAUUUAAUAAUGUAUCAAUAUCCCUAGCAGAAUUUUUAGGCACUCAGUACAUGCAUAUUAUAAUUAUUCCAAAUGCAACAAUCUCAAUUGCACAACAUGCAAUAGAAGACCUCCUUAGUUGUUCUAUUUCAUACUGGGUGUUUGUGAAACACUCCCUAAAACGAAAACAGACGAUAGUACUAACGAUACCUUUGAUGAUGGGUCAGAAAGAAAAUUGAUCACGAGGGGAAAAAAUCUUCUUUUCACAACUUUUUAUUAGCUUUAAUUACGCUCCAUUUUAUUAGUACAGCCAAAUGAAACGAUAAUUUCAUUAAAGAAAAUUCAUGCAAAUACUUAAACAUAAAACCAGCAGUGGAAUUUAAAAUGAAUAAAACAGCUGACAACAGAGUCAAUAUUCGCGUGGACGCUGAACUCUUACCGUACGUCCCAGCUCUGAAUAAAAAUAUGCAAGUAUUUAAAAAAAUAUAAUUUUGUAGGCACUAUCACAGUAUGGAAGUGUUUGCAACUUUCGACAUCCUGGAUGCAGCUGGAAACAGAAUAGCUGAAGGGCACAAAGCUUCAUUUUGCUUAGAGGAUAACACAUGCUUACCAGGAAUUGAACGAAAAUAUUCCUGCAAAAAUUAUGGAGAUCAAGGUGUGUCAAUCAAUUGUUCAGACAUUUAUCAUUACAAUAUUGACUGUCAGUGGGUGGACGUCACAGAUGUUGUACCAGGACAGUAUACGUUUAAGGUAGCAGUCAAUCCCCACGCAAGAGUUGCAGAACAGCAGUAUCAUAACAAUGUCGCAUCCUGUCUAUUAACGCUAAGUGAUACUUACGCUGCAGUCUAUGGUUGCAAACUUGAGAGACCGUAGAACAAAUCACUAAUGAUUAAAAUAAUUGAAAAAAGUAUACAUUAAUUGUGACAUUACUAAAUUUUCAAUACUACAUUAAUUGAUGAAAUAAAUCAUAAUAUUG